AUGGCGGCGGUGCCCGCGCUUUCGCUGCUGGGGAUGUCGGAGACUUUCUGGCGCCCCACUCUGUACGUCGGCGAUCUUCACCCCGAAACCACCGAAGCAGACCUCGAGGCCGCAUUUUCUUACAUUGGCCCGCUUGAUUCCUUCCGAAUUUGCAGAGAUGCGGUUUCUGGGAAAUCUCUUUGCUAUGCUUUCGUCAACUACUUCUGUAUCUCUCACGCUUCAAAGGCUCUUGCAUGCCUAAACCAUAAAACCCUGAGAGGAAAGCCGAUGAGGAUUAUGUGGUGGCAAAGGGAUCCUGUGCUAAUAAAAUCUGGGAUUGGGAAUGUUUUUGUCAAGAACCUUGCUCCUUCAGUGACUAGUGAUCAAUUAGAGAGCAUGUUUAGCAAAUAUGGGACAAUACUGUCCUGCAAAGUGGCUGAGGAAAAUGGGAAGAGCAAAUGUUUUGGAUUUGUUCAGUUUGAAACUCAGAAUUCAGCCAUUUCUGCUAUCAGUUCUCUCCAUGGAGCAGUGUUUGAAGGGAAGAAAUUAUAUGUGUCCACAUUUAAGAAGAAAGAAGAGAGGAUGAUGGAUGGCUUUAAAGAGCAAAAAUUCAAUAAUCUGUAUGUGAAAAACUUUGAUUGCAAUCUGACAGAGGACCUCCUAAGAGAGAAGUUCUCCAGAUAUGGGAAGGUCAAUUCUGCUGUCAUUAUGAGGGAUGAAGAAGGAAAUUCAAGAGGCUUUGGCUUUGUCAAGUUUGAUUCAGAUGAAGAUGCCAAGAAGGCUGUUGAGGCUCUUAAUGGUGAAGUAAUAGGAUCAAAGAGGCUGUUUGUUGGAAGGGCACAGAAGAAGGCGGAAAGGGAAAGACUCUUGAGAAGUGUAUGCGAGGAGGACAAGUUAGCCCUUCGCGAUCAGAAGCAAGAGGCUUCGAGACUGUAUGUGGGGAACCUCAGUGAAUCCAUCAAUGAAAGAAAGUUAGAUGAACUAUUCAGAUCUUUUGGAAAAGUGGUUUCAGUAAAUGUCAUUCGCAGUAAUGGGAUCAGCAAAGGAUUCGGGUUUGUGAACUUUUCCAGCCCGGGAGAUGCCAAGGCAGCCAUGAAUUCACUUAAUGGAAUGGUGUAUUAUGGAAAGCCUCUGUCUGUGGCGUUGGCGUAUCCCAGGGAAGAGCAUUCGAGCAAGUCACUGACAUCUUAUGCACCAGAUAGGCCACAGCCAUUUUUCACUUCUUCACACAAGUCUCUUUACAACGCUCCCCCGUCUUAUUCGUUGCCAAUGUCAGUUGCACACUUCAAUCCUUACCAGUCGUCUGUGCAUCAAGACUUUGGCAGACAGCUCAGUGCAUUCUAUCUUGCUGGAAUGCAUAAUUUUCAGGGAAACAAGUUCACAUAUCCUAUGAAGUCUGCUCCCAGUGUUUCUAUCCCUGUCUUGAAGUGUGGGGCUCAGAAGCAACCAAGAACCUGCUGGGAACCGAAAAACAAGAACAUGAAAGGAGCUACAUCAGUAACAGCCACUACAAAAGAGCCAAGUGCAACAUCAAUAGCUGGAAUCCACAACGAAAAGCGUCGCUCUCUUAUGGUCUGAGCUCCAGGUUUUAUGACUACACAAGUUUCUAUUGAAGUUCUGGGGAUCAUUUCAGCAGUGUUUCCUUUUCUCCACGUCGUCUUGACAGCAAUACGCAUGGCUGUCGAUGCUAGAAUUUAACUGUUUGUCAUUGAUAGAUUGGACAAUCUGUAAAGAUGAAUAGCUGUUUGGAAAAGCUCCUAAACAAGCCAGACCUAUUUGGGAAAACAGGCCAAGAAUUGUCACCAUUUUCGCGUUUUAUCAGUUACAUUUCUAACUUCUGCCAUGUCUGCAGAUACUCAUUUUAGGGUUAUUCAUAUACUAGUAUGUUCAUAAUUGCUUCUGUAAGGGAUUCUAGUGGCCUGUUGCCUCUCCCUAAAUGUAAGGGAAGGAUUACUGUUGUGUUGUUUCUGCUUUUCUCCUAUGAAUACAAGUAUC